AGCGAUGUUCUGCAAAAAGAAAGCUCUGACUUACUCUGUUCAUUUAAUUGCUCACUCUGUGACGACAUUUUCAGGGAAGUCGCUGAAAGUGGCCCCUGUAGUGGACCGGUCACCUGCCCAGACCCCCAUCCUGGCGCGCGGGGAGGAGCGUGAGAGCGCAUCAGUCCGCUAGUUGGUGAGGACUCAUUGUUGGACCUGUUACACGAGGGAAAAUAUCUGUGAUUGACCUGCGGAAUCCAACCUUAUCGUGGGACAUUAUCGCAUUAUCCAUAACUGAGUGUGAACCAUCUGCCACUUUGACCAAAGAUGAUUUGUUUGCCAAUCUUAGUCUUGCUUUCGGUGGUUGCAGCCGACAGAUCAGCCCUACAAACUCUCAGACAGUUAGACGCACUGUAUCCUGAGCUAGAGCACUCCAGGACCAUCUAUGUUGUAGAGAACGGUCCUCGACUCUCUGCGUUGGCAGAGCCAUCCAAGGUGAUCACUAGACGAGGUGGGAAUGCUACUUUACCCUGUAAGAUUAAGAGAGAUGAAAAUCUUGCACCCAAUCGCAAGAUGAGGAUCAAAUGGACAAAGCUGACUUCUGACUAUCUCAAAGAGGUGGACGUCUUUGUGUCCAUGGAUUUUCACAAAAGAAGUUAUGGCCGUUUUCAUGGGCGUGUCCAUUUACUCAACACUUCUCCAUCAGACGCAUCACUUGUCAUCACAGAAAUUUCCCUGGAGGAUUAUGGGAAAUACAAGUGUGAAGUUAUUGAUGGUUUGGAGGAUGCAACAGCAGUAGUGUCUCUUGACCUAGAGGGUGUGGUUUUCCCCUACUUUCCUCGCCUUGGUCGCUAUAACCUCAACUACUACGAUGCAGAGUUGGCGUGCCGUGACCAGGAUGCCAUUGUGGCCUCAUUUGAUCAGCUUUAUGAUGCUUGGAGGGGAGGGAUGGACUGGUGCAAUGCUGGCUGGCUGAGUGAUGGCUCAGUGCAGUAUCCCAUCACAACACCCAGAGAACCCUGCGGAGGAAGGAAUACUGUACCAGGAGUACGCAACUAUGGAGUACGGGACAAAGAGAAGAACCACUAUGAUGUCUUCUGCUUCACAUCCCACUACAAAGGUCGAUUCUACUACCUGAUCCAGCGUUCCAAACUGACCUAUGAUGAGGCAGUGCAGGCUUGUAAGAAGGAUGGUGCUCAGAUUGCCAAAGUGGGUCAGAUGUUUGCUGCCUGGAAGCUCCUCGGCUAUGACCGCUGUGAUGCAGGGUGGUUGGCUGAUGGCAGUGUGCGUUACCCCAUAUCCAACCCGCGGCGCCGCUGUAGCCCCACUGAGGCCGCUGUGCGCUUCAAUGGCUUCCCUGACAAAAAGCACAAGCUCUAUGGAGUGUACUGCUUCAAAGGCCCCAAUUGAGACAAGUGCAAACUAAAGAGAGAAGAAGAGACUGGGUGAAUAAUGAAGGCCAUAUAUGUCAUAUAAGGCCAUAUAUGUCAUAUAAGGCCAUAUAUGUCAUAUAAGGCCAUAUAUGUCAUAUCAACUAAACUGUGAUGCCAAUUUCAUUGAAAUGUUCAAAAAUUGAGUUUCUGGUGCUUCAAAAUCUGAUGUUCUGAUGGAGAGUUUACACAUUCUAUUUAAGGUCUUAUUAUUUAAUCUAUGCCUUUGAAGUUUUGGAAGGGAGCAGUAACACUCAUAUUAACUGUUGCUGAUAAACAGACAUAAGGGAGCCUUACAGAAACAAGUCUUACGGUUGCACUAAAACUUGGCACUUAAUAGAACUGCAAGUAAAAAAAGCCAUGAUUUUUAGCUGCUCACAACAUUGAAAGAAAAGGACCUGGUCCUACUGUCUGUGACAACAAGGUGCUACUACUGGUACUUUGUAUUGAAUCCUUCUGUAUUUUAUUUUUAUUAUGAAUGAUUUGGACCAAACAUUACGAAAAAAACGUAACUGAUGUAACAGCCUCUAAAGGUUGUGAAUACACCACACUAGUGUCCAUUACCUUGCGUAUUUCCUUUGAUAUUAUUUUAAUGUAUAUCAAUAUCGUUAUGUCCUCAUGGUGUCUAUAACAGGUCUUAUCUGUUUACUUAAAACUAAACAAGUUUCACAGCCCAUAAAAUAUACAACCCCUAUUUUUUACAGCACAAAAAAUAAUGAAGGGACUAAAGGACUUUUUAGAGUAGUGUGUAGUUUUAGUAGUUCUGAUUCAGCAAUACAACAUGCCUGGCACUCUUAGGCUAUGUAAAACCAAUGGUAAGAAUUGCUAAAACGUAGAUGAUAUGUAACACUUAAAAUAGAUAUUUUUGGCUGCAUCUAUAGCCUUGUGCAUGGAAAAGCACACAGCAUAGAGCUAAUCAACAAACUGCUAUUUUUGAUAAAAAUUAGUUUAUUUUAGUAAAAAGCCAAAUGUAGCCUUAUACAGUUUAACAUGACUUUUUCUUAUAUAAAAUCACUGUAAACAAAACAGAGAUAUACUAUUUAUGACCAUGCCUAAUAGGAGCAGUGAUUUUAGCAAUAUAUACCGUUUGUCUGCAGAUAGAAGCCACUCACAUUUACCAUGAUAUGUGAACUUCCUUUUUAGGCUAAUAGUUAAACAGUCCCAUCUGGUAAAUUCUGAGGUCAUCCACUUUGGCUGUACUGAAGUUUUACUUGGCUUUAUCCUCGAAAAGCUACGGAUCAGUCGAAUGAAGUGGUAAUGCUAUGGUCUUAUCGUUGAACAAGUGCUUGAUAAACUCAUGUAAAACAAUGACGCAAGAGAUAAAAUUAUGAUUUAAUUAAACAAACUGCAAAAUGCUUCUUUUGUUAGAUCACGUUAACAAUUACAGGUUCAAAAUGAGUGCUUUUGUAUCAGAAGUCAUGUCUUGUGAGGACAAUAAAAUGAGCCAUGAUUAGGUCUGUUUUGUAUUGGCUAUUGGAGCUCGAUCAUGGUUUCUAUUAUAUCAUGAUUCAUGUACACAUGUAUCUUUACAUUGUCUUGAAGAGGUAAAUAAAUUAAUCUGCUUCUUAAGAACGUUCACACUGGACUGUGAUUAGUUGAAUCUACCUGUCACUCACUCAGCGCAUGACAAGAAGCCAAUAGGACUGGGUGGUGAAAAGUGCUUGUGUUUCAACUUAAAAUACAGAAAAUUAAGCAGAAAGUGAAUCAUGAUAUCAGAAUAGCAGGACCACAGGGAUUAGAUCACAAUUCAAUUUUAAUUACAGUAUCACCUAGUUCUACCUAUGAGCUUUCACACUGCAGUUUACACAUUUACAU